UAACAAGUUUUAAUGACUCCAACCUAAGUGUAUGUAAACUUCUGACUUCAACUGUAUCUAAUCUAUGGAAGAUGGAAUUAUAAUUAUGGAAUUAAAAGUUAGAGAAGAUAGGCUACAACGACCAAGAGCCAACAGGUAGGCUCCUACUUGAUAUUCUGAAUGGAGUUAUUGUUAUCUGUAGCUGUAGGAUGAGGAAGUGCAUGCUCUGCAGCGUUAAUUAGCCUAGCUAGCUAACGUUAUCUAGCUUAACUAACUUCUCCUAGUUUGAUGCAGUCAAAGGGGCCUGCUAGAACAAUACCUCUCUCUCUCUCGCGCGCGCUUUAUCAUCUCCGGUUAAUGAAGUAGCUUAAAAAAAUGACUUUUCUGCUGCUUCCCUCACCUGGAUCGGACCGCGUCUGGAUCCGAUCAGGUUUAUACGGAACUGGUCUAGUUGUCCUCGGGUCCAUUCGGGAACAGGUUUCUAUAUUUUAAACAUUUUAAUUUAUGCAUAUCUGGUCCGCGUGGGAAAGCCCCAGGUCCAUUUCGUUUCCAACUUUUUAGACCCAUGAAGACCUCUAGCGUGCGUGCGUGCACGAGAAACAUUUAUGGGUCUAAUCAGAGAAUUGCAUAUAAAAUCCCUAUUAAUUUAGUAUGUUCUCUGUGGACCUAGUAAAGAUCAGUCAUAUAACUUUUAUUUUUUUUGCAUUACCUUUUUAAUGUGGAAUAAACACAACCAGUCAUGAUGUUUUCAUCUGGUUGGCAAACAAUCACUUCAAAAUCACUUCCUGUUGGCUACACGUUUGUCCAAUCACAAAAUCAUUCCAUCCAAACAGUGCACUGAUGGAAAGAGACUCCCGUUUAUAUAAAACCUGAAGGCGUUUGUCAUUAAGUCUGUAGUCUGAACUGAUGCUGAAUCCUGGCUGACAGUCUGCUGUACGUCUCCAACCCUUAUCUCCACCUUGGGGAAUUUGUUUUUCUUUAACCGCAGUUUGGAAUGUAUAGAGCCCGUUUUUUAAAGUGAAUUCGCUUCAUUUUCAUGCAGCUGACAUGCCAUAAUGUUAAAUAAUGGUGUGAAUGAUUGUGACGGGUUCAGGUUUUACUGUGGUGAUAAAACACUUUUACCAGGAUGCAGUACCGGACAAUACCGGCUUACUUUCACCGUUGGCUAUUCCACCAUAAAUGUUGCUGCUUUUGUGUGUUUUGUCCAGAAAGUCACAACGGAACGUUCACAGUCAGAGAGACUGUUACUCCUCAGUGAGUUUGAAGCCCACCUGGAUAAGUUGGACAGUGAGAAGAAUGAGAUGAACCAGACAGAUAUAGCAGCACUGCAUCAUUUCUACUCUAAACACAUAGACUUCCCUGAUGACCAAACCCUGACUGUGCUCUUUGGACAGGUAAACUGUAAUGGCUUCACCAUAGAGGAUGAGGAGCUGUCUCACCUGGGCUCUGCUGUGUUCCCUGAUGUAGCAUUGAUGAACCAUAGUUGUAGUCCUAACGUCAUCGUCACCUAUAAGGGGACAGAGGCUGAGGUACGAGCCGUGCAGGACAUCCAGCCUGGAGACGAGGUGUUCAACAGUUACAUUGACCUGCUGUACCCGACGGACGACAGGAACGAGAGACUGAGAGAUUCUUACUUCUUUACGUGCGUGUGUGAUGAGUGUGCCACGCGGUCUAAGGAUGGAGCUAAGAUGGAGCUUCGUAAAUUGAGCUCUCCCCCGGAGCUGGAGGAGGUCAGAAAGAUGGUUCACUACGCCAGGAAUGUUAUUGAAGAGUUCCGUAGAGCUAAGCACUACAAGACCCCUAGUGACCUGCUGGAGAUCUGUGAGUUGAGCCAGGAGAAGAUGAGCUCUGUAUUUGCAGACACUAACGUGUACAUGCUUCACAUGAUGUACCAGGCCAUGGGAGUCUGUCUGUACAUGCAGGACUGGGACGGAGCCAUGCGCUACGGAGAGAAGAUCAUACAACCGUACAGUGUCCACUACCCAGCCUAUUCUCUGAUUGGUUCAUCUCUCCUGUGUGUCCAGUGUCCACUACCCAGCCUAUUCUCUGAACGUGUCCUCCAUAUACCUGAAACUGGGCCGUCUCUACCUGGGACUGGAGAGGAAGACCCAGGGAGUCAAGGCAUUAAAGAAGGCGAUCGCCAUUAUGGAAGUGGCUCAUGGGAAGGAUCACCACUAUGUAACAGAGAUCAAACGAGAGGUGGAGGAGCUGAAGUAAGGAGGAGGAAAAGUGAAGAAGAGGAAGGAGGAGUGAGGACGAGAGGAGGAGUGAAUAAGAGGAUUAGAGGAAGAGGGAGUAAUGUGAAGGAGGGUUGAGGACCAUGAAGGACUUCUCCAAACCCUGGGUCAAAACAUAAUAAUUAAACAAAACAGCUGUAUGGAACUGAGCAUGCAUCCUAUACCUCUCUCUUUACGUGUCUCCUUCUCCCGCCAACUCUCCCUCUGUCCCCCGCCAACUAUCUCUCCCUCCAACUCUCCAUCUAUCUCCCUCCAUCUCCCCCUCCCUCCAUCUAUCUCUCCCUCCAACUCUCUCUCCCUCGUUCCGUCUUUGUUGAUGAACUUAAAGUCAAAUCAGGUGUCUCGUUUCACAGAGGCCGGCAGUUUCUCUCAUUAACCAGCCAGUGAAAAGAGACAACGGCCUAGUAUUUCUGCUCCAUCGGUUGUUUCUGCUAAACCGGCUGCUUCUACGGUAACGGUCAAAUCAUGUCCUGUGAGGUCUGAGACAGUACAUGAUGAGGGUCUUACUGGGUAGCACUAUUGCUGUAAAUGGCAAUGAUACUUGUAGUUUUUUGGUUUGUUUCUGGCACCUGGACUCGUAUCUGCCCAAACUUUGAAGAGAAGAGAGAAUUCAUGAAUUCACAAAUCAUGUUUGAAUUAACGGAUCAAGUGUUUCUCUCGUAGCAAAUUGAGAGAAGAGAAAAAAACAUUUUUUGAGUCCGAACUUAAAUAAUUUCUUUGUCCUACAGCACAGACCUUGUUGAGGAAAUGUCCUUUUUGCCAAUUUUAGAAAAUGAGAAGUGUUGCGUGUUCUCUCACACAUAAACAGGAUGCUGUCUUUCUACCGGUCUGAAGGGAAGUCAUUGGAACUCCGGAGAAACUGUCUUGUGGAUCCCGCAGUGAUUCUCAUUCUCUGAACAGUGUCCACUAACUCUAUUCCUGGAGAGUUAGCAGACUUUUGUUCUAGCCCAGCACUAAACACCUGAUUUUAAACGGAUAAUGGCCCAGACAUGUGGCUAAAUUGAAUUAGCUGAAUCAGGGCUCGUAUUCCGAAAUUGUUUUAAAGCUGCAUUUGGGCAAAAGAGCUGAUCUGAUUGGUCAAAAGACAAAUUAGUGAGAGAAGAAGAAGAAAAAAGAUGAGAAUUGUGCUGCUUGUGUAAACGCAGCCUUUCGAGUAAAAGUUUUAAAAAAAGAUCUAGGAUCAGCUUUGCCUUUUUAAAUCAUUUUGAAUAAGAGGCCUGAUCCAAGAUCAGCUUGGGAAUACAAGCUCAGGGCUGCGUUCAGUUCGCUUGAACGUUUGCUAUGUUGCCGGAACGGUUUGUACUGAACGACAGGUUUUUUCCCAAAACAUUCUUGUAUGUUCUUGAACAGACUUGAGUUGCGUUUGCUCAGUUCUGUGGGCGUGCCGGGGUGUGGCUUGAAGCAAGGAGUGACAUAUAUUUAAAAUGACAGUGGUGUAUUUUGAACCCACAAUUCAACCUGUUUUUCAACUGGCCAUUCAGUACAGUACCGUUUCCAUACAAUUGAACGUUUUAUUCCGUUUUUAUGUACUGAACGCAGCCCUGGUGUGUCCUCCCCAUGGAGGAAGGACCAACUGUAGCAUUGCUAACAAUAGUUAGCAUCCUCUUCUACUCCAAGGGCUCCCUCCCAACCACAGAACUAGAGUCCUCUGGGUAUAAACAUCAGUUCAAUGUCUUUUGAUUUAAAGUAGUAAUUGAGUUUACCUAACUUGAAAUCAACAAAAGUGUGAACUGUGUUGGAAUAAGGUUGGGGGGAAUUUUUUUCUCUCCAGAAUUCCUUUGUUGUUGUUGACUUUUUACAAAAUCCAAUCCGUUUUCCACGUCGUUGAUUCAGCAUCAUCACAUUGAAUGUUUUUGUUAAAACAAUGUGGAUUUUUUUUGUUGUUGACUAGUUUGUGCCCAGUGGGAUAACCGUAACCCCCAACCAUUAUGGAAAUAUACCUGACCAUAGAAGAGCGGUUAGGGACAAUGUGAUGCUUCCCCCUCAGGCGUCCACUGUGGUGUCCGGUAAAUGUUGUUUCAAUGUUAGUUUGUGUGUUGGACAUCAGGACACAACAUUUCUCUAUCAGCAGGGGACUUCCCAAAUAAAUAACCUGAGAAUGUUG